AUGACGAUUUGUUUCUGCAUCCUCCGAGGCAGGGUGCUGGACAGCGUGCGCCAGCGGGCCCCGCGGCUGUUCCAGAGCACCCGCAGCUGGCUCAGUGGCACCACGCCGCACUACUGGUGGGACGACCCUGCAGACGACGCCCGCCGCAUUCGGGCUAGCAGCGGCGUGGACCAGGGUUGCCCGCUCUCGCCGGCACUCUUCGCAAUCGGCGGAGCCAUGCCGCCUGGUGGCCCCGAGGGCGUCGAAGGGCGCAGCCGCGGCCCGGCGCCGGCGGCCUGUAGUCGCGCGCGGCGGCCUGCGUCCUGGCCGCCGCGCGCCUGCCGCGGCCGGGCGCGACGGGGCGAUCGCCAGGCACACGGCCCGGGCCAGCCGGCGGCCCCGGGGGGCACUGUGCAGGCGGCUCUGCCCUCGCAGGCCGGCUCGCGGGCCGCGGACGGCCUGGCCCACGGCCCGGGACGGGCGCAGCGGCCCCGGGGGCCCGCCGCAGGCUUCGGCAGCAGCUCAGGGGAGCCUUGUAACCCGUCGGCCUGA